CUAUGAGUCAUUGUCAUUCAGUUUGUAUAUUGUUUUCGUUUUCUUUGUGAUUUAGAAGUAGAGUUAUAUUGCGACGUAAAAUUUUUGGUAACUCAAGAUGGCAGACGAAAAAGAUAUCAGUAAUGACAAGAAUGUUAAGUUUCAAGUUUUGCUCGAGAAUUACAUUGAAAAAUUAAUGGACAUCCUAAAUAAUCUCGAAGCACUCAAAGAUACUAUUGCAUCCCACCAUAAAACCUGUAACAUAGCGAAAACUGCUGGGACUGCUGUAAGCGGAGCUGGUGUAGCUAUGAUUAUUGGAUCUGUACUCUGUGCUCCUUUCAGCGGAGGUGGAUCUUUAGCUGUAGGAGCAGGUGGGGCUUUAAUGUCGGUCACAGGUGGCAUAACAAAUGUGAUUACCGAUUAUGUGGACUAUCGAACAACUACGAUGAUUAUGAAUGAUAUUCAAAAUAUUGUAAGUAACAAAGAAAGUUUCGACGAAAACCUCACCAGACAAUUGAAACACUUCGCAAUGGUUAUAGAGAAGUUGAUUGAGAGUGGAGUUGAUAAGAAUGGGGCAAUCAUAAUAGCUGUGAAGGGCAUUGCUAAUGGAUGUAUAGACCUAACAGAGGAACCAAACAUGAAAAUGAUGAAUACUCUAAGUACAAUAAUCAAAUUGCAUCACGUUGAGAGCGCAGCUCUUGAAACGCUUCCGAUUAUUGGAAAAACUAUGCACUUUUCUGAAAAAAGUUUUCAGUUCAUCUAUAACUUUUUUGGAUUAACUGGGCAUACAGGAGCAACUGUUUUCAAGACAAUAGGGAGAAUCUCAAGUGUUAUUUCUGUUGCUUUCACUGUUGUGGAUGUAGCUCUUUUAGUGAAAGAUUGGAUGAUAGAACAUCCUACUUUAGAAGUAGUACUGGAUACUGAGAAGAAAAUUGAAAUGGAAAUGAAUAUACUUCGUGAUCUUCUGGAGGUUAUUGUUUCGUCGAAAGAUGAAGUGCAAGAUGUUUGGAAAAAAGUGUUGAAGGAAAUUGAGGAACUAGAGAAGAAUGAACUUGAUUUUGAACAUGAUUUUGAAAUUGUAGAGAAAGAAAUUGAGAGUUGUUAGGUAGCUACUUAAAUUUUUAUAAAGCGACUGAAGUCAGUGAUUUUAUAUUCAUUCAUAUUUUGGUAGAUAAUAAGUUUUAAAAGAUAUUAUAAUUUUAAGUGAGUUUUACAUAGAAAUAAAUGGUACUUUAUUAUGUUUUCGAAUAUUUUGGUAUUCAGUUAUCCACAGGUUUUGAGUAGAUAUAUUAUCUACAUAUUUCAUACUGUGAAAUUAGGUUUUUCAAAGUGAUAAGGGUUAGGUGGAUGUAUAAAAGGUUUGUGGAUGUAUCUAUCUUCUACUAAUAGAACACAUGAAGAUUUUUUAAUUUUAAUGAAAUAUUAAAUAUAUUACUAAUUUUCAAUGAUUACCACAACAAAAAACAUCCACAUUUCACUUGAUAUCUUCAUAAUACUCCUAUCGUGACCUUAUUAUACUUAUGACUUCGAUCUCCUUGAAAAAUUGAUUGAAACUAUUUUAGUUUCAGACAGAUAUAUUUUCAAUCUUUUUUUUGAGCAGAUCAUGACUGAUCUGUCAUAUUUUUAAAAGAUUUUUUUUUCUCAAUCAGGUUCGACUUUUAGGUUAUGUAGGUUUAGUAACUAAGUGAAUUGAAUCUCGCCCACUAUUGGAUUAGUGUUAUGGCAUGUAUUUUUGAAUUUGGUAAUAAAAGACUGAUAAUUAAAUACUUUUUUUAAAUUA